CUGGUCACGCGCCACCCAGGGUCCGGGCCCCUGCACGAUCUGCAGGAGAGCUCGGGGACGGGGCCCACCCACCCCACCUCUCGAUCGCAGGCCACACAGAAGCCUCCGCCUCCUUCCUGGCCCCCCUCCGGACCUCCCCGGGGAGGCUCGGCGGGUGCGGACUGGACUGAAGUGGAACGAGUUCUGUAGCUCAGACGGCAGCCCCGGUGGUUUCGGGUGUGAGGGCAGGCCCAGCUGGAGAAGCCGAUCAGGGCGGACGAAGACUGCGCUCCCGGGUCUGGGUGGAUCCUGGUCGGAGCGUAACUCUUGGUAGGGAGCCCCGGAAGCCACCCGCUGAAAAAGAUGCCUGGCUUCAACAGAUUGUUUCCCCUGGCUCCCCUCCUGCUCAUUUUGUGGGCUGGCGUCUGCUUCCCUGUGUGUGUGGAAGUGCCCUCGGAGACGGAGGCCGUUCAGGGCAAUCCCAUGAAGCUGCGCUGCAUCUCCUGCAUGAAGAGGGAGGACGUGGAGGCCACCACGGUGGUGGAAUGGUUCUACAGGCCCGAGGGCGGUAAAGAUUUCCUUAUCUAUGAGUAUCGGAACGGCCACCAGGAGGUGGAGAGCCCCUUCCAGGGCCGCCUGCAGUGGAACGGGAGCAAGGACUUGCAGGACGUGUCCAUCACGGUGCUAAAUGUCACCCUGAACGACUCCGGCCUCUACACCUGCAACGUGUCCCGGGAGUUUGAGUUUGAGGCCCAUCGCCCCUUCGUGAAGACCACCCGGCUGAUCCCCCUCCGUGUCACCGAGGAGGCCGGAGAGGACUUCACCUCUGUGGUCUCAGAAAUCAUGAUGUACAUCCUCCUGGUCUUCCUCACUCUGUGGCUGCUCAUCGAGAUGAUAUAUUGCUACAGGAAGGUCUCAAAGGCCGAAGAGGCAGCCCAAGAAAAUGCCUCUGACUACCUGGCUAUCCCAUCGGAGAACAAAGAGAGCUCUGCAGUACCGGUGGAGGAAUAGACGGCGGCAACCGGAGGUGGCCUGAACACUGAAGCGCUGGCUACCCCGUGUUCAGUGAUGUCAACAGCGUCGGGAGGGUGCCCCAGGGGCCACAUCACUUCCCUUCACGCGUCCAUCCUUCAGCUCAUUCAUCAUACAUCCACUCACCUCUGAGCUGUCACCUCUGACUUGCUAACUCCAUCAUACCUCCACACACCACCAGACUUUGCCAGAACCAAGGAGCCAACAUUUCUACACGACUCAACCUCAGCCUGCCCUUGCUCUCAAGCAAGCAGCUCCCAUGCCAACUGGACCCCUCCCCUGUGCUCCAGCGGGCUUCGAACACGGUGCUGGAGUCGAGCCCGCCCAUUCUUCAUUGCCGCAAGUGAAGUGAACGGAGGGCUUAACGGGAGGAAGCUGGAGUGAUUUAGUCUGGGUUAAAGCAAAAGAGUGUCAUGAAGUGGGAUUCCUCGAAGUCCGUUUUUCUAAGUUCCUGGCCCACUUGGCUGGAGCAUGAGAGCACAGCAUGCCUUUCUAGGCCCUCCAGCGAUAGAAAGUUCAUUAAGCGUGGACUCAGACGUUCUCUGGACUGUGUUGCUCCAGGGCUAGAUCCCAAGAGGUCUCAAAGGCCUGGGUUGGCGUCAGUCCUUCAAGAAGCCGAGGGCAGGGGACUUGGAAAGUCACACGACACGUUCGUGACCCUCCUGGGGCAACGCAUGUGGGCCUUGCCAGGGGAGCACAGCACCGGAGAUGGCUGGGCGGCAUGGUGUCCCUGUGGCACUGGGACUGCCAUUUCCAAGCUC